AUGGUGCUUUUGGUGAAUAUAUCAAACAUGGCUUUCAAGAAUGCUUUGAUUGCUUUCAUGGCUCCUCUGCCUUCAAUCAUCUUCUACAUCUCAUUCCUUAAUCACUACCAGCUGCAACAUGAUGAUGAUGGUGAUGACAACCUGCAACUUCUCUCCCCUCUGUGGAAUUGGUGUUACCAACAUCCUCUCCUUUUGGCCAACACCCUCUUCUUCUUCAACAUUGAUGUUGGUUUCUGGCUCAUCAGCCUCCUCCAAUCCAGCAAUUGGAUGAUAGACUUGUACUGGACGGUGAUUCCGGUGUUGUUGGUACAUUUAUUUGCAAAUCACCCUAAUGCGGAAUAUAACCAGUGGCGGUCGAUGGUGGUGGUGGUCUUGACAUGGGUUUGGGCCACCAGAUUGACCCACAACUACUUCAGGCGAGAGAAGUGGCAAUGGGGUGCGAGAGAGGAUUGGAGGUUCACCAACAUGGCGGAACAACACGGCCAAAACUGGUGGUGGGUUUCGUUCUUUGGUGUUUACCUCAUUCAGCAGGUAUUUCUCUUUGGAUUAUGCCUACCGCUAUACGUCGUGUACUCGAUCAACAAGCCAUUGAACAUAUGGGACAUAAUUGCGGUAAUCGUGUGCAUGUCUGGCAUCGUCUAUGCCUAUUUAGCCGACACCCAACUUCACACAUUUGUGAGCAAGAAUGAGAGAUUGAAAGAGGAAGGAAAAGCCAUGGUGCCCAAUCUUGAUGAAGGGUUGUGGUAUUAUUCUAGGCACCCAAACUACUUUGGCGAGCAAUUAUGGUGGUGGGGACUUGCCAUCUUCGGUUGGAACCUAGGGUGCACAUGGGCUUUUGUUGGUGCACUCAUGAACACCUUAUGCUUGGCUUAUGUGACCACACUUGUUGAGAAAAGGAUGCUUAAACAAGAGUAUAGGGUUGUAGCCUACAAGAUGUACCAAAAGACAACAUCUAUUUGGGUACCUUGGUUCAAAUCAUCCCCAAAACCAUCGAUCAAGGACGAGUAAAGUUGAACUCGAUGAUCCGCGGAUCAAGUGAGAUAGACGCGUUGUUUUGACUUGUAUCUCGAAUGACCUUUCAUUUGUUUAGCUUUCUGGGCGUGUCGCCUCAUCCAUGUCGUCAUAUCGUGUGAAAUGGUCUUUAAUUUUUAUUUAUUAUUUGUGAAAAAUGAUGGUAAACAGCCAUCUUUAAAUUUUUUAUGGCAAAUAUUGAUACC